CCAACAAAAAAAUGUUUCUUUCUCGCGAACUUCUUCCAUGGCGGCGCCCCACCCAUGGCGCCCAGGCCCUGGCGGGUCGCCUCCUGAGUUCCUCCUCACCCCACUCCUACACAGACGACGAUCCACCGUUUACGCGGAUCCCUAAGAGCCCACCUCGAGCGCCCUCGACGCCGCCGCCGCCGCCGCCCCCGAAGCCCAAGGCCCUGGCGGGAAAUAUCAGGCCCGACGAGCCUGCGCACUCCGACCUUCCCUUCGACUUCAGGUACUCGUACUCGGAGACGGACCCGGCGUGGAGGCCCAUCGGGUUCCGCGAGCCCACCCGGUUCUCGCCCUUCGGCCCCGGCCGCCUUGACCGGCCAUGGGACGGUGUCGCCGCCGCGCGAGGCGGAGGCGGGGAUGGAGAAGGCGUUGAGAGGAGCAGGGAGGAGGUUCUUGGGGAACCGCUGUCGGAGGAGGAGGUCGCGGAGCUGGUUGAGAGGUACCGGCACAGCGACUGCUCACGGCAGAUCAAUUUGGGAAAAGGUGGUGUAACGCACAAUAUGCUCGAUGACAUCCACAACCACUGGAAACGUGCAGAAGCUGUGAGGAUCAAAUGUCUGGGAGUGCCAACACUUGACAUGGACAACAUAUGCUUCCAUCUCGAGGAUAAAACAGGUGGCAAAAUCAUAUACCGCAACAUAAACAUCCUUAUCUUGCAUCGUGGUCGGAACUAUGAUCCAAAACAAAGGCCUGCCAUACCAUUGAUGUUGUGGAAACCAUUAGCUCCCAUUUAUCCUAGGCUUGUGCAAAAUGUUGCUGAAGGGUUGACUUUCGAGGAAACAAAAGAAUUGAGGAACAAAGGGUUAAAUUCUCCACCACUUACGAAACUGACUAGGAAUGGUGUCUAUGUCAAUGUUGUUGAUAAAGUGAGAGAGGCCUUUAAGACUGUGGAAGUUGUCAGACUAGAUUGCUCUCAUGUUGGGACUAGUGACUGCAAGAAAAUUGGUGUGAAGCUGAGGUAUUUGGUUCCCUGUGUUCCCAUAUUAUUUAAAGAUGAACAAAUUAUACUCUGGAGUGGGAAAGUUAAUCAGGAGCAUUCAGUUUCAGCUCAGUGCACUUCCAGGCCACAAUGAUGCUAGCAUCUGCCUAUACCCAGAGAAGUUGCUAACACAAGCUGCUUUGAUGACUUUCCCCUGGAUAUGAUCUCUGAAAAUUAUAUGGUAACUGUUUUCAGAUGGUGGGUUACACGGAACUGCAGCUAAUGAGCAGAUUGGUCGUCUACAUUUUCUUCGUGCUGGUUUGCUGCCAAGGAUGCAAUGCCACGGAAAAGAGAAUGAUACCUGCUCCACUUUGAGUGCACAGCAAUGUAAUGCUUACUGUUUCAAUAUGCUGCAUCAUCUUCAGAAAGUGAUGCAUUAGGAUCACUUGUAGUUCCUACAGUGGGAUCCGUAUAGUCAGUCUUCCAUCCUCUGGCCUCAACUAUUUCAUUCUGUAGCUUUGACUGUCUGGAUGGAAAUCGCUACUCUAGAUUAAGAGGUGUGACAAAUUGGGACCAUGCCCUUUUGAACAGAUAGUGUGUAGCCUGACUCUUAACUAGGCGUUAUUCGGAUAGGUAGGGAUUACAUUGAAUCCAUUUGAAUUGGGGACGAGUUUGUUUGAGCUUUGAUGAGGUACAGACAUUACGGUGUACUGAACGAGAAUUAUGUUAUGUUAGAAAGAGAAUCUGCAUUGUUUGUAUGGCUCUA